AUGAAAGUUGGUAUCUACACCAAUAAGGACGAUUGGACCCAAAUCACAAAUGGAGCCAAAGUCAACAAUGCUAUGCUUUGGUACUGGAGUGUCAAGGGUCCCGGUUCAGCUAAUAUGACUCAGCCUGACUUCAACGACUUCACGCCAUUUGCCGGGUGGACAGCUCCUUCGGUGAAGCAAUUCGUUCAGAGUGAUACAUUAUGUGGAGUAACACUGAACAGAAAUGUUUACGACACCAGUAUACCUGUCAAUAGCCUACGCAGCAAGGAAAAAUCUGAUCGGAUCAGCUCCACACCCAUUCCGGAAAAAAUGAAGAAGAAAAGUCUGAAAAUGGCAUGGGCAGCGUUCAUGCUUUCAGUAGUGGCUAGCCAUAUUGUCGAGACCUACGCAUCAGAAGGACUCCUCGACCCGUUUCCAGAGUUGACCCUGAAGUUUACCAACACAGAACCACUGACACUGAGACAGCACAGAAAGUCUCAGGUGGAUCCAUCAUUACCACAUCCAAACAAUGUUGACUCUCCGACUUCUCCAGAGCAACCACUCAACAAGAACGUGAGCACUGCCAAAAGUGUUGACAGUGAGUCCGAUGAGGAAAGCUCCGGCGACGCUGUAGCCACAUUCUUCAAAAACUUCGCUGAAAAAGUAAGUAUAGAUUAA